AUGAAAGUUACUAUGGCAAAAGUUAACCUGGUGCAAGAGCAAGAUCUCUGGGUUCAACGUGUGGCUCCCCCGCCGCCAGCGGAUCGAUCCAUAAAGAUGGAAGUGGGCAUCGAAGACUGUCUACACAUCGAGUUCGAGUACGAUAAAUCGAGAUACCACCUGAAGGACGUGGUGAUCGGGAAAAUCUUCUUCCUCUUGGUGCGAAUCAAGAUCAAACACAUGGAGCUGGCGAUUCUACGUCGUGAGAGCGUGGGGUCGGGGACGCAGCGCCACAGCGAGAGCGAGACCGUCACCAAGUUUGAGAUCAUGGAUGGAGCGCCAGUCAAGGGGGAAAGCGUUCCAGUCCGACUGUAUCUUGCGCCGUACGCACUCACUCCGACAUACCGCAACGUGCAGAGUCGGUUUUCCGUAAAGUAUUUCCUCAACCUCGUGUUGGUGGAUGAAGAAGACCGACGGUACUUCAAGCAACAGGAAAUUUCACUUUGGCGCAAGAACUUUGGGUAAAUUAACCCGACAACGUCAGUAUUGCCGACAGCAAAUACGACCGAGAAUAAGGACGCAAUAAAACAGAAAUUGCGAGGUU